CAUCAAGAGAAAGACUUGAAUCGACCGGAGAAGAGAUACGUGUCGAGAUCUGAUUAGCUCACCGGAGAGAACAAAACAAGAAAUGGGGAGGACGACGUGGUUCGAUGUUGACGGGUUGAGGAAAGGAGAGUGGACGGCGGAGGAAGACCGGAAGCUCGUGGUUUACAUCAACGAACACGGUCUCGGCGAGUGGGGUUCACUGCCUAAGAAAGCCGGUCUGCAAAGAUGUGGAAAGAGUUGUAGAUUAAGAUGGCUGAAUUAUUUGAGACCUGGGAUUAAAAGAGGCAAAUUCACCCCUCAGGAGGAAGAAGAAAUCAUCAAAUACCAUGCUCUUCUUGGAAACAGGUGGGCAGCAAUAGCUAAGCAAAUGCCAAGCAGAACAGACAAUGACAUAAAGAACCAUUGGAACUCAUGUCUUAAGAAAAGACUUGCUAAAAAAGGAAUCGAUCCAAUGACCCAUGAGCCAACAACAACAAGCCUCACCGUCGAUGUCACCUCCUCAUCAACUACGUCGUCUCCUACACCGAGCCCUACUUCUUCUUCUGUUUCCUCCUCUUCAUCCACUGGCUCUGCACGUUUCCUUAACAAGCUCGCUGCUGGAAUCUCGUCGAGAAAACACGGACUUGAGAGUAUCAAGACAGUGAUAUUGUCAGAACAACCAAGAGAAGCCGUUGCUGAAGAGAAGAUGGUGAUAAACAUGAAAGAGGAGGAAUUGAUUAGUUGUUUCAUGGAGAUUGAUGAGACGCUGAGUAUUGAUGAACUACCUUGUUGUGAUGACUCGACGUCUGGCUUCGUGGCUUUUGAUGACUACUCAUUAACCGAUCCACACAGAUACAGUGUUUACGAAUCUGAUUUCUAUGAUGAGACUGAACAGCUUGACCUGUUCCUCCUUUGAAUCACAUCUCUUUGUCUAAUAAACCCAUUUCUUUAGU